CAUUGAGCGGGUGAGGAAGAUGGCCGGGGUAGACCAUGUUGGCCUUGGAGCCGGCUACGACGGAAUCAACCUAGUGCCUGAGGGUUUGUCGGACCCCUCGUCGUACCCGGCCCUGGUGGCGCGCCUCCUCUCUCGGCCCGGCUGGUCGGAGGACGACGUCAAGCGGCUGGUCGGCCACAACUUCCUCAGGGUCCUCAGGAGGGUUGAACAGGUACGGGAUCACCUCUCGUCGGAAGAGGCGGUCUCAUUGGAUGAGUUAAAGCCAAUGAGCCGGCAUCGCCUGAGCAACAACUGCACUUACGACAUACGGCUUUAAUGUUUUAUGCCGUGCGCGUUGAUCCCGUAAGCGAAGC